AUGCUGCUCUCACUAUCCCCUAUCAAUCUGAUAUUCGUCGGCAUUGCCGCUCUUGUGAUUCGUUUCCUGAUUACAUUGGUCAAAUCUCCAAGUCUUUCUAUACCAGGGCCGUUCCUCGGUCGAUUUACCAACUUAUGGUAUCUAUGGCAGAUGAAACGGGGUGACUUCCACCAUACCAACAUCAAACUUCAUGAAAAGAAUGGCAAGAUCGUUCGUAUAGCGCCGAACCAGUACAGCAUUUCAGACGCCGCUGCCCUCAAGACCAUAUACGGCCACGGAGCCAAGUUUGAAAAGUCCGAUUGGUACGAUGCAUGGAACUUUGGCCCCAGAACCGGCUUCACGAAUCUAUUCUCCGAGCGAAACUCCAGAAACCAUGCCGAGAGCCGCAGGAAGGUUGCUUCGAUGUAUUCGAUGACUUCGUUGGUAUCGUAUGAACCCUCGGUGGACAAUUGUAUCGAGAUAUUCAAGCAGCGCCUGCUCGAAUUCUCGGAGCAAGGCUCCACCAUUGACAUGGCACAUUGGAUGCAAUGCUAUGCAUUUGACGUUAUUGGAGAAAUCACAUUUGGAAAACGUUUCGGCUUCCUGGAAGCAGGCAACGAUGUCGGAGGUGUCAUGAAGUCCCUUGACAAAGGCCUGACAGUUAGUUCCUAUUUAGGACUGUAUAGCUGGCUUUACCCUUGUUUCCUCUGGUUUUCCAACCGUUUCCUCGCCUCGAGCCAAAGCUAUGCUACCCAGUUCACGUUUAAGCACAUUCAGGAAACCAAGGCAACUAUGAAGAAUCAUCGUGCCGAUCUCCCUUCGCAUAUGGCUAUGAAGCUGGUUCAAAAGCAGGCUGAGAAUCCGCAUGGAAUGUCCGAUUGGGAUGUUCUGUCCAAUGCCGGAUCGAACGUCGGGGCUGGGAGUGACACUACUGCAAUUGGCCUCUCUUCGACUCUCUAUUAUCUCCUUCGGUCCCCUGGUUGUCUGGCGAGGCUGCGGAAGGAGGUCGAGGAGUCGGGUGUUGGCUCUAAUCCCACAUUCAAAGAGACACAGGCAAUGCCCUAUCUCCAAGCUGUCCUGAAGGAAGCAUUGCGGAUUCACCCGGGAACAGGAUUUCCUCUUUUCCGGGUUGUUCCCAAAGGCGGCGAGAUCAUAGCUGGACAAUUCUUCCCAGAGGGGGUCAACGUCGGGAUCAACAGCUGGGUGUCACACUACGACAGAGAAAUCUAUGGUCAAGAUGCAGAUGUUUUCAAACCUGAAAGAUGGCUUGAAUCCAACAAAGAGCAGCUCAACGUCAUGGAGCAGAGCUUCAUGCCAUUCGGAGCUGGCUCCAGGACUUGUAUUGGGAAGAACAUCUCUUUGCUAGAGAUGGGGAAGUUGAUUCCAGUCUUAGUCAGGGAUUUUGACUUCGAGUUGAGUCAGGACCUUGAGCAGAGAAGCUGGGCAACAAAGGCGCGAUGGUUUGUAAAGCCAAAGGACUUCGAAGUCAAAGUUCGCAGAAGAAGUUAG